UAUAGAAAUAUCACUGUUAAAAUAGUUUUCAAUACAUCAAUUAUAGAGCAGUAUAGAAAUACCACUGUUAAAAUAGUUCUCAAUACAUCAAUUGUAGAGCAGUAUAGAAAUACCACUGUUAAAAUAGUUCUGAAUACAUCAAUUAUAGAGCAGUAUAGAAAUACUACUGUUAAAAUAGUUCUCAAUACAUCAAUUAUAGAGCAGUAUAGAAAUACCACUGUUAAAAUAGUUCUCAAUACAUCAAUUAUAGAGCAGUAUAGAAAUACCACUGUUAAAAUGGUGUUCAAUACAUCAAUUGUAGAGCAAUAUAGAAAUAUCACUGUUAAAAUAGUUCUCAAUACAUCAAUUAUAGAGCAGUAUAGAAAUACCACUGUUAAAAUAGUGCUCAAUACAUCAAUUGUAGAGCAAUAUAGAAAUACCACUGUUAAAAUAGUUCUGAAUACAUCAAUUAUAGAGCAGUAUAGAAAUACUACUGUUAAAAUAGUUCUCAAUACAUCAAUUAUAGAGCAGUAUAGAAAUACCACUGUUAAAAUAAUACUCAAUAAAUCAAUUUUAGAGUGA